UACUUGUCCCGGUCGUUAGCCGGCAGGCUUUUGCAGGAUGGCACCACGCGUGCAGACGGGCUCCGGCCAGCUCUCCCGAGGGCUCCUGCUGCUCUGGGCACUCCUGGGGACCGGGUUCUGCCACGUGGGCGCCGAAGCAGAGGGCUUUGGCCAGGAUGCCGGGACAAGCCCUCCUGUGGCCGUGUUCAACUGGACGGCGCAGCUCGUGGAGGAGACAUACACCAACAUCACGCAGAAGUGCUGGGAGUUCUUUGUCGACCUGAUGAGGAACGUGACAGCGUCGGAGCUGUGCGAGUGGAAAGUCAUCAGCAGGCCCUACAGCUUGCUACAGGCCUGCCUGGAGGGCGGGGCCGACCACCUGCACUACGGCUACCCCAACGCGCUGGCGGAGCAGUACAUCUUCCAGAGCCACCACCACUACUUCCACAACUGCACCCUGGAGCACCAGGUCUACUUCGACCCGCCCGAGGACGUGCUGCUGGCCAUGAUCAUCGCCCCCAUCUGCCUCAUCCCCUUCCUGGUCACCCUGGUCAUCUGGCGCAGCAAGGACGGCAAGGCCCAGCCCUAGCGCCGCUGCCCCGGCACC